AUGAAAAUACUCCCUUUUCUGCGUUCUUCUAUCGCUACAGUGUCAAGUACACUUUGUAUCUAUAUCUGGUUCAGCAGUAGUGCUGCUUCACUUACGUCCAUUAGCGGUUUUCGGGAGCCGUCGACUCCUCCAGCGCUGAGCGCGUCACGAGGUGUCGACGGCCACCUUUCGGGGGCCGUCUAUCAACGACAGGUAUCGUCUAUACUCUGUCCAGGAGGAAAUGUGUAUGCCAUUGGCCGUAACACAUCUUCAAAUCGCCGUACUCUUAGUUCUCAUUUUGGAAAUCGCAGCCUUGUAUUAGGAUUUCUACCUUCCGAUACGAAGGUAACACUCCCACACAUUAAAUCGUUGUUUGGGUGUAAGAAGAAAGUGGUCGAUGAUGCUAAUGUUACCCAGCGAGCGAAUGUGCAAAUUAAAGCUGCCGGCAAAGGACCGCUAAGGGAACGUGUACUUCUAGUAGAUGGCACCGGUUUGGCAUACCGCUGUUUCUUCGCUCUUCCAACGCUAACUACUUAUCGUGGUACAGAGAUUGGUGCUAUUGUUGGUUUUAUGAACUCUUUGGGCCGUAUAUACAAGUCCUUCGGACCAAAGUAUGUUGGCAUAGCGUUUGAUUCGCCUGGUUCUAAUAGUACAAAAAGAGAAGUUUGGCCAGAAUACAAAGCCAAUCGUCAAACUAUCAAGACAUCAUUUAAAAAGCAGUUGAUGUGGAUAAAGGAGUUUUGUGCCAUAGUGGGUAUCCCCGUGUUCCUUAAACGUGCAACAGAAGCAGACGAUAUCAUAGCUAGCAUGAUCAAUUUUCUAAGUGGUGGUAGUGCAUCGCGCGAUUCUGGUCCUUCAGGUUCUGAAGAUGUGCAACGUCUACGUCAAUUGGAUUUCCGUGUUCCCGAACCUGGUCCGGGUGGUGUCUUUGACCGUGUAGCGGGGGCAUCCACUACAACCCUGGAACCUGUUGACCUUUCUGGAGAGAGUGGUUUGGAUCAUCGCAGUUUUGAGGUACACGUCCUUACGGCGGAUAAGGAUCUUUUACAGGUGCUUGAGUACAAUGAUGGUGGUAACAUGAACGUACGUGUAAUUCAGCCACAUAAGAAGUUCCGCGUUGUGGACGAGGAAACCGUAAUACAGGAGUAUGGUAUCCAUCCAGGACGUUUUAGCGAGUACCUGGCUCUGGUCGGUGACUCCGCUGAUAACAUCCCUGGCGUGAUGGGCAUAGGUCCGAAAACAGCGCCAUUGCUCAUAUCUAAAUACAAAUCUUUUAAGGAGAUCAUAGAAUCAGAGGAGAUUGCAAAGAUCUCGAAGCGCGGUGGAAAACACAGCGUCAGUGUGGACCGUGCUUAUGAUUUCCAUCUCAUUACAAAGUUACGUGGCGACGUCCCAGUGCUUUCAUCUCUAAGUCAACUUUGUAAAAAGCGUACUUUGGAGCGUCAAUUUGUGGCAUUCUGCCGCAUGUUUUCACUCCAAAAAUGCUCACUGCGAUGGCAUGAUGUAACUCACUGA